UCUCUUGCCAGCCGUGCAACUGACAACACAAUGUCAUGGCUCGUGAUUUUGGCACCUUAAUCUUUACGCGCUCUCUCUCAAUUUCUCAAUUUUCAUUGUGAUCUUUUUAUUUAUUCUUUUCUCCCCAUACGGUUGGAAAAACUAAUUUUACACAAGAAUCAAAAGGGAGUCAUAUAGGUACAGUUUUGGGGGAGUACUGUACUAAAAAGAGGAAAGGGAUAUAAUAAAGUGAAAUGAGAAACGUGUCAGUUGAUUACAAAUAUGUGUUACCGUGGAUCAUAUUUAAUGGUCAGUGUUAGGCAAGAGAUUUUAACGACCAUAUUAUUGGCUGCUGCAUCGAAAGGACCAUUUUCCGCUAAUGUGAAAAUUAUGACCGGUCAUAAUAUCCAAAGUAUAAUGACAGUUCAUCCUCUGCUUUAUUCCUUCAACCUACUUCAAAAAGACCUGCGAUCCCUCGGUAAAUUUCACCGAUGUCAUCCUUCAGUAAAGUAAACCUCAAUCCCUGAGCUAAGAAGAAUCUCAACACAACAUCGAAAGUGCAUCUCAGCUCGAGAGGAGAAUCGAAAAAAAAGAAAAAUGAGAAAAUCUCAACUUUGACCCAGUUUUACCUGAAAUCUCAAAUAUUGACUUUGAACUAAUUCAAACAUGAAGCCUAAAACCUACAGAACACCGAUUGGUCUACUCUUACAUGGAUUUUAAAGAGGACUUCACAAUAAAAUGAAAAAAAAUAAAUCAGUCAUCUUCGAAAAAAUGUAUAGCUCACCUUCAAAUUUCUGUACCUCGAACAGUCAAUAACUGUAUUUUUAUUUUAAUAUAAACAACCUUCUGUAAUAUAAAAAAGAUUUUAAUAAGAAGAAAAUGAUUAAUAAAAAAGCAAAUAUUUCGAAAAAGAAGAAAUUAUUAAAAAGCAUAUGAUUAAGAAGUAAAAGCUUAAGAAGCAAUAUUUAUUAUUUAGAACAAUAUUUAGAAAAAAAAUUGAGAAACAAGAGAUUAAGAAGCAGAUUAUUCAGAAACAAAAGACUUAGAAAGCAAAAGAUUUAAAAGCAGAUUAUUAAGAAGCAGGCAAUUCAGUAGUAGAUGAUUAUGAAAGAAGAGUUAGAAAUAAAAGUGAAAAAUUUAUUAAUCAAUGCAUUAAUAAAGAUAAAGUAAAAAUCGAGUGAUGCUGAAGUAAAUUAUUAUUAAUAAACGAAUUAUUAAUAAUACUGAAUCGGCAAUAAUUGACAAAUAAAAGAUUAAUACAUAAAUUCACACUACAAAGUUAAUGUACCAAUUUAAAAAAACAUGAUAAGAAAAAUUAAGCUCAAAUAAUCUAAAUCAUAUAGAAAAUUCAGAACAAAAUCUAAAACAAGUGAAAAAAGCGAACAAUUUGGAAAAAUCCUACGAAAUGAGAGAAAGAUCGUAAUGAACAGAUGCUGGAAUCUGGAAGAAUGGAUGCCAACAACACCAUUAUUGUGGACCCAACAAACGAGACAAUGAUGACUACAAUGAACACACACGAGAUAAUUAUUGACACGGGUCAAGGUAAUCAGACAUGGAACGAUUGGCAACACUUUGAACAUGUCCUACUUUUGAUCACCAAAGCAGCAGUGAUGUGCUUUAUAAUUUUAUGUGCCCUAUUUGGAAAUUUAUUAGUUAUUGUUUCAGUGAUGAGGCAUAGAAAAUUACGAGUCAUCACUAACUACUUUGUCGUGUCUUUGGCUCUUGCUGACAUGUUAGUUGCCAUUUUUGCAAUGAGCUUUAAUGCAAGCGUUGAGGUAUCUGGAACAUGGUUAUUUGGUUACUUUAUGUGCGAUGUUUGGAACUCGUUGGAUGUAUUUUUUAGUACUGUUUCAAUUCUCCACUUGUGCUGUAUAAGUGUCGAUAGAUAUUAUGCAAUUGUACAGCCACUCGAUUAUCCAUUAAUAAUGACAAACAUGAGAUUGGGUACAAUGUUGAGUGUUGUGUGGUGUUCACCCACUGUGAUGAGUUUUCUGCCAAUUUUCGCCGGUUGGUACACCACACCCGAACAUCUUAAGUGGCGACGAGAAAACCCGAAUGCGUGUGUUUUUGAAGUUAAUAAAGUUUAUGCGGUUAUCAGUUCGAGUAUUAGCUUUUGGGUGCCUGGCAUUAUUAUGAUCGCAAUGUAUUACAAGAUUUAUCAAGAGGCUGAUCGUCAGGAAAGAAUGCUCUAUCGAAGCAAAGUUGCAGCAGCUUUACUAAAUAAACAUCUGCAAAUCAACGGAAUAUCAGCGGGAUUAGCAGGGUUGCCAUCCGUUGGGCAAUCGUGCCCGGAAACUCUACCGGAAGAGCCUCCGAUAACCAGUAGUAGUAAAAUGAAGAGAGAGAGAAAGGCUGCAAGGACAUUAGGUAUCAUCAUGUCUGCUUUCCUCGCCUGUUGGCUACCCUUCUUCCUCUGGUAUGUGAUAACAGCAAUAUGCGACACCUGCAAAAGUGGCAACAUCGUCGUAGCGGUGGUUUUCUGGGUGGGUUAUUUCAAUAGUGCCCUAAAUCCAUUGAUAUACGCCUACUUCAAUCGAGAAUUCAGAGCUGCUUUCAGAAAAACCCUGGAAAGCUGUUGCUCAGUAUUGGGGCCAGUUAGAGACAUGCGACAAGUGCACAGAAAACAAGACUUAGUGCACAGUAACGCAUCAUCUGAAUUACACGUCAACAAUCAAUUGAGAGCAAGCGAAUUAACAAAUGUUCAUCUCGAAGCCUGUAUUUAGAGGCCUAACUAAGAGAGAUAAUAUUAAGAAUAAAAAUGAAAAAUAGAUUUAUUUCUUAUUUAUACUUUAUUCAAUACUUUACACUUUUUUAUAUAUCAACAAACUUUUAUUAUAACUUUAUUUUCAUUUUCAAAUAUAUUUUAAAAAUUUCAUUAUUUUCCUUAAGGGCAUUUGAGCAAUUAUGACGCCAAGUAAAAAAAAAGUAUUCAGAAGAUAAAAAAGUAUUGGUGAUAUCUUAAUCUGAAUGCGUUUUCGUAUGAAAACCUUAUUCGGGGGUUACGGUGAAUUCAUUUUUUUAAACUUUAGAAUGAAAGACUUUUAAGCAAAGUUCCCACAUAGCACAUUACCUUUCUGUAAGCUUCCUAUGAGCUUACUAGAAAUAUUCGUAAAGUUUGUCAGUAAAGUCAAGGUAAACUUAAAGCAAUUGUAAUAUGUCCGCAUCAUAGUAAGCUUUCAUUGUAGAAUCACUGUAAACUUACACCGAAAAAAAUACCUAGGACCAGUAUACCAGGAAUUGACUCGAUUUCAUAAUUACGAGAGGAACCCACUAUAGAAUACUAGUCAAUGCAAUAAAAUUCAAGCUUAGUUAAAAUGACCAGGAAAAUUAGUCAAUGUAACAAGGAAAAAUAGUCAAAUUGACUAAUUGUAAGAUAAUAAUAUUAGAUUUAGGACUUGUUUCACUAAGAGCCAGUUUCACUAAAACCGAUUAAAAGUUAAUCAAUGAUUAAAUCCUUAAUCAACCAAUCAUGAGUCAUUAAACUGUUUUUAAUCAUUGAUUAACUUUUAAUUGAGGUUGGUGGAAUUAGCCCUAACUCUUAUUAAAAGUUAAUCAAUGAUUAAGGGGCUUGUAACUUUCUUAGGCCUUAAACUCGAAAGUUUUUUAAAAACAAUUUUCUGAUCAAAAGUUUUUACAUGUCAUUGUGUAUGUUAAGAAGUCUUAAAAAAGAAUUUCAAAUUUGAGACCUGACCAUAAACUGGACUGAUUUGUACUCUGCAAAUUAACUUAGUUAAACCUACUGGAUUUAUCCGAACGAUAAUUCCGUAUGACAUUUUAUUAUCACUUUAUUUCCGUAUUAUCAAUUUUUCUUACGCGUCGCGCGAGUUCUUCGAUACAACUCCUCAAAUAUUCUUAACUUUACUUAGAAAUCUUUAAUAUGAAAGUUUAAAAAAAGCUAUUCAUGGUAAGCAAAAUGUAUUCACCAUAACCUCCCAAUAGGUUUUCUCGGGAAAGCGUAAGGCAUUUGAUAUGACAACAGUUUUACAACACAAAUGUUCUAGGUAUCUGGUUAAUAGAGUUUUGAAUAAUUUUUAAUAAAAGUUAUUGGAAAAUGUUUAUUAUAAUAUAGAUUACGUCUGUUAUGUGCAGGUUGUUUG